AUGUCUAAAGUUAAAUAUAUGAACUGCAUAAAUAAUUCUAUUCCAAAUAGUUAUAUUAAAGAAUAUACCAACAAUGAACUUUUUACCAAACAAACUGGUUAUACUCCAUUAACACACUACCAACAACAGAUACCAAGCUCUAUAAAUAUGUUGAAUAUUCCAUUCUACCCAAAUAAUACUAAUCCUGUAUGCGGAUUAAAUAUGGAUAUACCUGUUAUAAAUGAACAGAAUGCCAUAAAGAAAUUUAAUUCAGGUACAACAAGGAGUGAUUCAAGUUCAAGUUCUACAUCAUCAAGUGCUAUGAGUUCUUUAUCUAUGAAUCAUAAUAAAUAUUAUAAUGAAAAUAGUUUAUACGUAAAUGACUCUGAUUUAGAUUUAUUAGAUUUUAAACAUAGAAAUAAUUUAUCCAAGUUAUUUGAAGAUGAUCUCAUAUAUUGUCCACGCUCUUUGUUAUCAAAACAGGAUCUUCAGAGAGCGAACAUGCUAUUAUAUGAACAAUCCCUAACUCAAAAUUAUUUUACAAACACUUAUAAUAAGCUUACUGUAGAAUCGCCUUGUUUAACUACAACUAAUAUGCAUUCGAUGAAAUUCAAUCCUUAUACUUCUAAAAGUUUUAAUCCUACUUUACCCCUUUAA